CCUACGCAAGCCCAAGCAUCGCCGGCUCAGUUGCGGGCACCUUGUCUUGCGUGAGCCUUGUCUUUCACACGGGAGCAUCCGCGCAAGAGUCCGAUAGCCGCCAUGCGGUCGCAACUUUGGCUCCUGGCCGCCUCGGGCCAUCUCGCAUGCGCGGACUGGGCAUUCGGGCAGGAACUUGACUAUCGCGGAGGAGAGGCAGCACGAGUACUGCCGCGGGAAACAAGAGCGUCAACUCACGACGGCGCGAAUGGGUGGACACCAAGGCCCACCGAUGGGCCCUCAUUAGAGCUGGCGCGAAGGAGGCAGGACUGGGUCAAAGUGAAGCGGCAGUCGGACAACACUUGGGUGGACGAGACGACAUGUGGUUGGCGUGCCAAUACCGAAUCCGCGCCGUUUACUUGCCCAGCAUCGCAUAGUUGCGCGACAAACACCAACCAAGUCGUUGGCUGCACAUCCUCGGGGGGACCGAACCCAUUCUUCACCGUAUGUCUCGAUUAUCAGGCCGUCCAAAACGGAGCCUGCAAGUCUGCCGGCCCAAAAACCGGAUGCUGCAUGACCGAAUCUAUCGGCGAGUGCAUCACGUACCUCUGGCCUGGCGCUACCGUGAAGUCCAUGUACCGAUGCUACACUGAGAGGGCCGUUGUCACAAUGUUGAGCUCGCCCUUCGUCUCCGAAACCAGCAGCGACACCAGCACUACCACAUCCGAAACCUCGACUAGCUCAGCGACCACCAACACCCCGCCCGCACAAACAGAAACCGAUACGCCUCCGCCGACUUCCGACACAGGCGGCAGUAACACCGGCGCAAUCGUCGGCGGAGUGGUGGGCGGCGUCGCCGGCCUGGCGCUGAUUGCUGGUGCCAUCGCCUUCGUCAUGAUCCGCUCGCGCAAAAAGAAGAAUAACACCGGCGGCAGCACGACUUAUAGCGCCGUCGCGCCGGGCGACCCCAAUUUCCCGGGGAGCCCCAUGCCGCCGACUUCCGGCUAUCCUCCAUCCUACAUGUCCCCGCAGAUGAACCAAGGCGGCCAGUACUACAACCCGAGCACGAUCGGCUCCACAACGUACCCCGAAACCCCGUACUUGUCCAGCACGACACCACAACCCCCCGGCGCCUACGAUGGGCGGCACUCCUACUACGACCCGUCCAAGCCAGCGGACCAGCAGCAAGCUGGUGGCUUCCCUCACCCCGGAUACGGGCCCUACCCCGGGCCUUAUCCGCAGCAGCCGAUCUCUGAGCUGGACAAUACGAACGUGGCGCCGCAGCAGAACCCCCCAGUUGAGAUGGCAGCCAACCCGCCUGAGCAGCGAUAGAUGAUUCCCCUGUGUGUUUUGGAGAUGGGGCUGCAACGAACGGAUACUGGAUAUAAAGGGGUGGGGGUCUUCCGGCGGCAGCGGGUCACGGACAUUAAUAAUGUCUUUUUGGUCAUUCUUCUUGGGUAUUUUUUUGGCUUUCUGAGCGAGCGGAUUCCCAUUUCAUGUACACUUACCUGACAUUCUACGGGGCGAAAUGUCAAGCGUCAACGGCGUGUGUUUUACAAAUCAAGGAGGGGGGUUCACUACCAAAAGUCAAAGGGGUUCGGGACAUCGGCAACCCAACCCAUCGGGCGCUUAAUUUUUGGAUUCUAUCUACAUACGAAGCGAUACACAAGGCUACUAGCAAGA